AUGUGUUUAUUGAGCCAUAACAGAAAAAAAAUAAAAAUUACCAACGGAAAGCAAUUUGAAACCCUAAUGUCGGAACUGGAAAAAAAUCCAUGCUUGGCAAAGGGGUUUAGUAGAGGCACAAAUCCAACAAAUUUUAAAAACGAUUGGGAACAAAUCGCAGUUAAGCUGAACUCUAUUGGGCCACCUAUUAGAGAUAGCGAUGGUUGGCAAAAGGUGUGGAGAGAUUUUAAAUGUAAAGUGAAAAAGAAAUUGGCUCAGAAUAAAGCCGAAGUAAACGCAACGGGCGGCGGAACGUUUAAACAAUUUUCACUAUCACCAUUGGAAGAAGCUGCAGCUAACCUAAUGCAGUUCCAAAAACAAUUAAAUCCCGAAGGUGAAGUACAUGGAAUUCAAAAUACAUGUGAAGAAAUCGAAAACUUGGUGGAAAAUACUUUAGGUUAG